AUGAGGGUGACGCUGGCAUUUCUGGAGUCCCAGCCUCGAUCGGCACCCGAAGGGACGUGGGACACUGACUGUGAAGCCGGACGGACCACAUGGUCCCAGAGGGCGGCCCUGGGCAACCGAUGGGACCUGGCAUCUGUCCCCAGGCACCUGUCCCCCAGGUGGGACCCCAGACACCUGCCCACAGGCACCUGUUCCCCAGGUGGGACCCCGGGCACCUGUCCCCAUGUGCGACCCCAGACAUCUGUCCCCAGGGACCUGUCCCCAGGUGGGCCCCCAGGCACCUGUCCCCAGGCACCUGUAUCCCAGGUGGGAUCCCAGGCACCUGUCCCCAGGUGGGACCCCGGGCCGACCCCCGGGACCAACCACAACGCGGCCGCGAGGUGGCGCCAGAGCCCGGGAGCGUGGAGUCGCGGGGCCGCCAGGGGCCAUAGUGGCCGGAGGGUGCCCGUUCCCGACCUGCACCCGCUUCGCUCGGCGUGGAGCCCGGAACACAGCUUCGGGUUCCUGUUGUCCGCCGGAGGGCGAAGGGCGGCGAGCGCCCCCGGUGGGGCAGCGGAAGCGUGGGGGACCUGUUUGGCCGAGGGACGUGCUGCUCUCCGCGUCCCGGGUUCAGCCGCGUCUUCCACCAUGUUUGUUCGAGCCGGGGCUCUCCGAGCUCUUCGCCCGCGUUCCCUCCGCGCUCUGUCUAGUGGGAGCCGCGAGGCAACCGCAGAGGGUGUUCUGCUCCUCGCCGCUCGUCGGCGAACGGCCAGGACAAAAAAUAAUAUCCAGAGAUACUUUGGCACUAACAGUGUGAUAUGUAGUAAGAAAGAUGAGCAACAGUCUGUUCCAACCAAUGAGCUGUCCAAAGGAACGUCAAAGAACCAAGACAAUGUAAAAGAGAAUAUGAAAAAAGACUUGUUAACUAUUAUUAAGGGCAUGAAAGUUGAAUUAAGCAAAGUAAAUGUACAAACAACCAAGCCACCCAACAGAAGACCACUUAAAAGUUUGGAGGCUACAGUUGAUAGGCUUCAAAAACCUACAGAAAAUACCACAAGUAAGAGAAAUGAGUCUCUGAGUCCUGAGUUAGUGGCAGCUGCAUCUGCUGUUACAGAGUCUCUCCCUUUUGACAAGCAGAUGACCAAGUCAGAGCUGCUCAGACAGCUACGGCAGCAUGAGGAGAAAUGGAGGGCUCAGAAAGAUGAAGAAAGACGGAAAGUUAGUUUCAGUAACAUAAUAUCAGAUAUGAAAGUUGCCAAAUCGGCUAUAGCUAGAAUUAAUAGAAGACCAGAGCAUCAGAUUCAAUUUGAUGAAGGACCAGAAAAUUUUGUUGACGAGGAAAAGACUGCUGAUCUUAGAAAAAGUUUUAAGAAAAAUAUAUUCAAGGGGAAGAGACUUAAUAUUUUUGAUAUUAAGGCAAUUACUGAAGAGAUACCUGAAGCAGAAACAUCACCUUCGCUUUGGGAUGUGGAAUUUGCUAAGCAGUUAGCCUCAGUGAAUCAACAGCCCUUUCAGAACGGUUUUGAAGAAAUGAUCCAAUGGACAAAAGAGGGGAAACUCUGGGAAUUCCCAGUUAACAAUGAAGCAGGUUUCAAUGAUGAUGGUUCUGAAUUUCAUGAACACAUAUUUCUGGAUAAAUAUCUGGAGGAUUUUCCAAAACAAGGACCAAUUCGCCACUUCAUGGAGCUGGUGACCUGUGGUCUUUCCAAAAAUCCGUAUCUGAAUGUUAAACAGAAGGUUGAGCACAUAGAGUGGUUUAGAAAUUAUUUCAAAGAAAAGAGGGACAUUCUAAAAGAAAAUGACAUACAAUUCAAUUGAAGGCCACGUAAAUUUUUAUUUCAUGCUAUUGAAUAUGGAUACUAUCACUAAAGAAAAAAAUUUUACUAGAA